CAGAGUUAAACUUUGGAGGGGGAGAAACAGCCACCGGCGCCCGGCGCCGGGCGACCCUCCCUUCCCCCCCUCCACCGCCGCCGGGAACGCCCCCUUCUCCGCGGCCCCCGACCGAACUUUUCUCCAACUUCUGAGACCCGUGAGAUACCCUCCUUAGUACCCCGGCCCUCAGGAUCCCUUUGCCCAUCCGUGGGCCCGUCUAUCCCCGACUCCGAGACUCCUGUCCUCCACCUUUGGGUCUGGUGAAUCCUCUCGGGCCACCUUCUUAAUUGAAUCCUUUUCUUAGAGCCUUUGAAUUCUGGGAUUCCCCCCGCCCCCCUCCCCGCGACAGCUCUCAAGCCUUUCUCUCCCCAAGGGGUCUCUGGAUCCUGGGCUCUCCUGAUCCCUGAGAUCCCGACCUACUAGAUUUUUCUUGAUUUCUUAGAAUCUUUCCAUCUCUGGGUCCCUCAAACCAUUAGAUUUCUCCUUUAUGAUUCCGGGCGUGUGACCCACUAGCUUACAUUUCUCUAAUUUCCCAGGGUCCCGCCAUCCUCGCGUGCCCGCAACUUGCUAGAUUUCUUUUCUCAUAGCCCCGGGAUCUCCGCACUCCCACCACCAGCUUACGAGCUCCCUCGGAUCCAGUGACCCGGGUUCCCCGGGCUCCUUGAGCCGGAUCCCGGGUGGGCACCGGGCGGCCGGUCCCGGGCCUCCCCCCUAUGGCCGCCUCCCCCUCCCAUCUCGUCGGGCUCCCAGGCUCUCCCGGGCCUGGGUCUCCUCCGACCCCUGGCGGCUUGGAGUUGCAGUCGCCGCCACCGCAGCUGGCCCAGAUCCCAGCUCCGAGCUCCGGGGUGUCCUUCCACAUCCAGAUCGGGCUGACCCGCGAGUUUGUGCUGCUGCCCACUGCCUCCGAGCUGGCCCAUGUGAAACAGCUGGCUUGCUCCAUCGUGGACCAGAAGUUCCCCGAGUGCGGCUUCUACGGCCUUUAUGACAAGAUCCUUCUCUUCAAACAUGACCCCACGUCGACCAACCUCCUGCAGCUGGUGCGCUCGGUCGGAGACAUCCAGGAGGGCGACCUGGUGGAGGUGGUGCUGUCGGCUUCGGCCACCUUCGAGGACUUCCAGAUCCGCCCCCACGCCCUCACCGUUCACUCCUACCGGGCGCCGAUGAUGUGCGCCCUGCAAAGGGAUGACACGCACAUCCGCUGCGGACUGAACUACCACAAGCGCUGCGCCUUCAGCAUCCCCAACAACUGCAGUGGGGCCCGCAAGCGCCGCCUGUCGUCCACGUCUCUGGCCAGUGGCCAUUCCGUGCGCCUCAGCACCUCUGAGUCCCUGCCCUGCAUGGCCGAUGAGCUGAGCCGCAGUACGACCGAGCUCCUGCCUCGCCGCCCCCCGUCCUCCUCCUCCUCCUCUUCUGCCUCCUCCUACACCGGGCGCCCGAUCGAGCUGGACAAGAUGCUGCUCUCCAAGGUCAAGGUGCCGCACACAUUCCUCAUCCACAGCUACACCCGGCCCACCGUCUGCCAGGCUUGCAAGAAGCUCCUCAAAGGCCUCUUUCGCCAGGGUCUGCAGUGCAAAGACUGCAAGUUCAACUGUCACAAACGCUGCGCCACCCGCGUCCCUAAUGACUGUUUGGGGGAGGCACUCAUCAACGGAGAUGUGCCAAUGGAGGAGGCCACCGAUUACAGCGAGGCUGACAAGAGCUCCCUCAUGGAUGAGCCCGAUGACUCGGGGGUCAUCCCGGGCUCCCACUCGGAAAAUGCCCUCCACGCCGGCGAGGAGGAGGAAGGCGAGGAAGGCAAGGCCCAGAGCUCCUUGGGGUACAUCCCCCUGAUGCGGGUGGUGCAGUCGGUGCGACACACGACACGGAAAUCGAGCACCACCCUGCGCGAGGGUUGGGUGGUUCAUUAUAGCAACAAGGACACGCUGAGGAAGCGGCACUAUUGGCGCCUGGACUGCAAGUGCAUCACGCUCUUCCAGAACAACACGACCAACAGAUACUACAAGGAAAUCCCGCUGUCAGAAAUCCUCACCGUGGAGCCUGCCCAGAACUUCAGCCUCGUGCCACCAGGCACCAACCCUCACUGCUUCGAGAUCGUCACUGCCAAUGUCACCUACUUUGUGGGCGAGACGCCUGGCGGGGCCCCAGGUGGGCCCAGCGGGCAGGGAGCCGAGGCCGCCCGGGGCUGGGAAACGGCCAUCCGCCAGGCCCUGAUGCCCGUCAUCCUCCAGGACGGGCCCAGCGCCCCGGGCCACACACCCCACAGACAAGCUUCUCUGAGCAUCUCCGUGUCUAACAGUCAGAUCCAAGAGAAUGUGGACAUCGCCACAGUCUACCAGAUCUUCCCUGAUGAGGUGCUGGGCUCGGGGCAGUUUGGAGUGGUCUAUGGAGGAAAGCACCGGAAGACAGGCCGGGAUGUGGCCGUAAAGGUCAUUGACAAGCUGCGCUUCCCCACCAAGCAAGAAAGCCAGCUCCGGAAUGAAGUGGCCAUCCUGCAGAGUCUGAGGCACCCCGGGAUCGUGAACCUGGACUGUAUGUUUGAGACGCCGGAGAAGGUGUUCGUGGUCAUGGAGAAGCUGCAUGGGGACAUGCUGGAGAUGAUCCUGUCCAGUGAGAAGGGCCGGCUGCCUGAGCGCCUCACCAAGUUCCUCAUCACCCAGAUCCUGGUGGCUUUGAGACACCUUCACUUCAAGAACAUCGUCCACUGUGACCUGAAACCGGAGAACGUGUUGCUGGCAUCUGCUGACCCAUUUCCUCAGGUGAAGCUGUGCGACUUCGGCUUCGCGCGCAUCAUCGGCGAGAAGUCGUUCCGGCGCUCAGUGGUGGGCACUCCUGCCUACCUGGCGCCCGAGGUGCUGCUCAACCAGGGCUACAACCGCUCCCUGGACAUGUGGUCAGUGGGCGUGAUCAUGUACGUCAGCCUUAGCGGCACGUUCCCCUUCAACGAGGAUGAGGACAUCAAGGACCAGAUCCAGAACGCUGCCUUCAUGUACCCAGCCUGCCCCUGGAGCUGCAUCUCCUCUGGAGCCAUUGACCUCAUCAACAACCUGCUGCAGGUGAAGAUGCGCAAGCGCUACAGCGUGGACAAAUCUCUCAGUCACCCCUGGUUACAGGAGUACCAGACGUGGCUGGACCUCCGAGAGCUGGAAGGGAAGAUGGGCGAGCGGUACAUCACGCACGAGAGUGACGACGCGCGCUGGGAGCAGUUCGUGGCAGAGCACCCGCUGCCCGGGCCCGGCCUGCCCGCCUAUGGGGACUUUGGCGGGGCCCUCCCACCGCAGGACCACGAGAUGCAGGGGCUGGCCGAGCGCAUCAGCGUCCUCUGAGGCCCCGUUCUUCCGCCCUGGCUGCCCCACAAUUUUGUCUUCCGGUCCCCAGAGAGCCGCCCUCCCGCACCAUCUCAUGGAACUGGUCCAUCUAAGGAGAAGCGGCUUCCUUCCCAAACCGGAUGACACCAGCCCCGGGAGAGGAGCCCGGCGGCUGUCCGCGGAGGGGGGCAGUUAUUUCCAACGUGAAUUCCCAAGCAAUUAAAACUAACUCAUCUCUGUCCUGAUGGCCUGGGUCUCUGGCCACACUGCA